AUGGCGCUCCUCCUCCGCAGACUGCGGAGCCUGCCGUUCCGAGCUGCGCCUCCACGGGCUGCGCGCGGCCGACCGGUUAGCGAUGUCCUCGGCGCCAGGGCGCGACACGGGGACGCAGGGUCUCUUACAAAGCAUGAGCCAUCCCUCCCCAAGAGUGAGUGGCGAAAGAAGCUGACUCCAGAGCAAUUCUAUGUGACCAGAGAAAAAGGAACUGAGCCGCCUUUCAGUGGGAUCUACCUGAAUAACAAGGAAUCCGGAAUGUAUCACUGUGUAUGCUGUGACAGCCCACUCUUCAGUUCUGAGAAAAAGUACUGCUCUGGCACUGGAUGGCCUUCGUUUUCUGAGGCCCAUGGUACAUCUGGCUCUGAUGAAAGUGGCACAGGAAUCUUGAGACGUGUGGACACCUCAUUAGGAGCAGUUCGCACAGAGGUUGUCUGCAAACAGUGUGAAGCUCAUCUCGGCCAUGUGUUUCCUGAUGGACCUGGGCCUACUGGUCAGAGGUUUUGCAUCAACAGUGUGGCACUGAAGUUCAAACCAGGACAACCUUGACUCUCUCCAAGAGUCCCCUUCCCUUGCCACUCCUUCACUUACACCCUCAAUGUUCAAAAUUCAUGUCACUGACUUGUUUUAUUUAAUACCAAACUGGACUAAGCUUCCUGCUGGCACCAGGCAAGUCACAACUUCUCUAAUUUAUCUGGAAUGAACUCAAACCUGACUCAUGCUCUGACUAUGGAAUUUUGCAGAAUGACAGAAGGGCAGCCUUUUCUAGCUGACUGACUUCUGUAGGCUCUGCCCAAGGGCAUGACUCUUUGGGAACAUUAGGAAGCUGAUGGACUAUAAACUAAAAAAUUUCUACAAAACUACCCUGAACUUUCCAUUGCAGUUAAGUCCUUCAUGGACAUAUAUAUGUGAGGGAUCAAGUGAAAAAGAGCAAGGAAAAUAUGGGAUUAAUCAACAAUGUAGCAUUGGAAGAAGUACUGAGGAGCAGGACCGCAGAAGAGCUGUGCUUUGGGAGGUACAUAUGGUGAUGGAUGGGAUGCAUGACUCUAAAAAUUUUGGAAUGUUUUGAACAUUCUAGUUCCAACUUUUGACCGACCCUCAAAUAAGUUCCAAUGGAAGCUUGUUAGAGUUAAGCAACAGUGAACACAAGUGGCUAAAAGUAAAUUUUUAAAUGUUCAAAUAAAAUAUUUACUAACAUUUAUGUUUGCUUUUUGUCUAAAUCUGUGAAUUUGCUCUUUUAUAAAAAAAUGACUCUAAAUUAAACGGAUCACAUGGUAAUAGGCAUUUGUCUAUACUAACACUAAUAGGAACUGAAGUGUUUUAUAAAUUGAGAAUCUUGAAUAAUUUGCUAUUGAGAGUGUUUAAAUUAUUUUGGGGGGUAAUUUAUGGGCAGAAAGGAAAAUUAUCCCAUUUUCUCUUUAUUCACUUGUAAUGCAUUAUUUAAUUCUUCUUUUAGUGGUUACCUUGGAAAUUACAACAUGCAUUGUUAACUUAUCAUCAUGAAAAGUAUUACUUUUUUUUACUUCUCCAAGGAUGCUAACCUUAGAACACUUUAAGUUCCAUUAACACUCUCCCAUAUUUUAUGUUACUAUUGUCAUGUAUUUAAUUUUACACACAUUUUUAAACCCCACAAAUUAUUAAUGUAUAUGUCAGUAUCAUUUAUAUUUACCUGCAUAUUUACAACAUUUUUUGUUGCUCUUUAUUUCUUCCUAAAGUCUCAUGUUUUCCUGUGUGAUUAUUUUUCUUCUGCCUGAAGAAUUACUUUUACUUUUAGUUCAUGAUUCCUAGUGGUGAAUCUUCUCAGUUUUUGUUGGUAAGAAAAUAUAUUUCUUCUUCUUUCAUUUUUAAAGCUUUAUUAAAGAAAAAUUUAUGUAAAAA